CGACUGCAUCAACACUGACUUCCUCGGCCUCGUGGAGCUGCCCAUAUCGCAUUCGACCACCGCUCUCACAUUUGCAUAUUUCAACCAUCAAGCGAGUACCUGGACAGGCGCCAGUCACUGGAAGUUCACGUCGUGCGCACCGCAAAACCUGCCGAGUUCACGCGCUUUCACUUUUCGCGACCUUCAAUCCUGUCUACCGGUUGUCCACAUCAUCACCAGCCAUGGCUUUAUUCGCGUCUUUACCCAAGCCGAAAUACACGGGAGAAGAGGAGGAACAGAAGCAGUCGCAAUUGCAAAUCGCCAAGCGCACUGGCAUUCCUCCGUAUGGUCAGCGUAACAACUGGAGGCCCCGCGGCAAUGAGGACUUUGGAGAUGGAGGCGCCUACCCCGAAGUCUCGGUCGCGCAAUAUCCUCUGGACAUGGGCAAAAAGCACACCGGCUCGUCCAACGCGCUGACAUUGAGUGUCGACGCUCAAGGCCAGGUCGAUUAUACUGCUAUCGCCAAGCGUGGUCACGCCGAGAACAGAAUCGUCCACGCCUCAUUCAAGGACCUUAUCCCUCUGCGACACCAAGCAAAUGCCGGCGAGAUCUCACUUGCUCGUCCUGACGAGGAGACCGUGGCAGAAACGAAGAGAAAGACGGAAGCAGCAUUGGCAACUCUUGUCGCUGGCGCAAGCGCUGCCCAGCGUCCCAAGAAUGUCAAAGGUGUCGAGAAAAGAGAAGCCUCAUACGUCCGCUACACACCGGCCAAUCAGAUGGGCAACGACAACUCCAAAAAGGGCGACCGCAUCAUGAAAAUCAUGUCCCGCCAAAUCGACCCCAUGGAACCACCAAAAUUCAAGGCAAAGAAGAUUCCUGGCCGCCCUCCAUCACCUCCUCCUCCAGUCAUGCACUCACCUCCACGCAAACUUACCGCCGAAGAUCAAGAAGCCUGGCGCAUUCCACCCACCGUCUCGAACUGGAAGAACCCCAAGGGUUACACAGUGCCCCUGGACAAGAGAUUGGCAGCAGAUGGCCGUGGCUUGCAAGACGUAACCAUCAACGACAAGUUCGCCUCAUUCGCCGAAGCCCUUCAAACAGCCGACCGCCACGCCCGCGAAGAAGUGAAAUCAAGAGCACUGAUGCAACAACGCCUCGCCGAAAAGGAAAAGGAGCAAAAAGAAGAAAACCUACGUCUGCUCGCUCAAAAAGCCAGAGAAGAAAAAGCCGGUGCUGCCAGAAGACCCGCCGCUCGCGACACCUCUCGCUCAAGAAGCAGAAGCGCAGACAGCUAUUCCUCCCGCUCCUCCCGCUCAAGAUCCGCCUCCGAAGAUGAAACCGAAACCGACCGUCUCGCCCGCGAAAAACUCCGCGCCGAAAAACGCCGCGACGCACAACGCGAGAUGCGCCAGAAAAACAUGGGCCACGAACGCCGCAUGCAAACCCUCGCGCGCAACUCCAACCGCGACAUUUCCGAAAAAGUGGCCCUGGGCCUCGCGAAACCUACUCAGAGUAAAGAAACAAUGUACGACAGCAGACUCUUCAACAAAGAUGCAGGAUUCGCUUCCGCGGGCUUCAAUGAAGAUCAAGCCUAUGACAAACCUCUGUUUGCGGAUAGAGAGGCGUUGAAUAGUAUCUAUCGGCCUCAAUUGGAUGCGGAUGAUGGAGAUGACGGUGGUGAGACUUUGGAGAAUAUUCAAAAGACUUCGAGGUUUGAGACGUUGGGGAGGGCACCCAAGGAAGGGAUGAAGUCUGCUAGGGCUGCUGAGCAGAGGGAGGGGCCUGUGAUGUUUGAGCGCGAUAAUGGGGAUCCGUUUGGUGUGGAUCAGAUGAUCAAGGAUGCGCAGAAGGGUGGAAGUGAGAAGGUUGGGGGUGCUAGUGUUAGUGGGCAGGGGUCUCUCAGCAUCAUCAAGUCCAACACUGAAUAUCACAUCUCAACUGAGUUCUUUUACAAGAUCUGUCUUGGCUUGCAUGUGGCAAUGAGCAAUAGUAAGAAGAAAAAGAAUUUGCAAAUCAUUACGGACAUAAAAUAG